AUGUCCUAUUCGAAGUUCGACCUCUCACUCCUGAAAAGAACAGCCUGGGGAGGAGUCGAUGCCGAUCACCCAUUCGAGAUUCUCUCGAACUCCGAUCAAGUCCCACCAUUAUUGAUAGCCAUAUUGACCUUGAUCUUAUUUGGGUUUUUCUUUUUAUCCAACUUGCCCAAGGUGAUUUAUCGACUUUCAUCCAAUUCGAGGGGUGGUGAAUUAUUUAAUGGCAUCAAAUUAUCUCGUAAACCACCUUCGCCUUCACCUAACGUGUUAGGAGGAGGAAUCGCUUUGGCUCAGACUCCAAUUACUGCUCGAUCAAGAGCAUCAACUUUCGUUUCUACCUCUUUACCUCCACCUCUUCCUUCCUCUUCUCAAGAAGGUGUAGUAGGUGUUGGAUCGCCUACAUACCCUUCUCCAACUUAUCAGACUCCCGAUACUGCCACUCCCCUGCGAAGUUUCAAUAAUGGUAGCUAUCCUUCACAAUCAACUGACAAACUCAUCAAACGUACGAACCCACCGAAAAGCUUCCCUUCGUUGAGUAGCUUUAUCCCGCUGGGACACUACUUGGAUGCCUAUGUACCGUUCAUUGGGUAUACACUAGGACAGACUUUUGUCUGUCUACUUUGGGCUGGUCUGACUGCUUUGGGAUUGUUCUACAAUUGCGAUGUCGUUACCGAAACCGUUCGAUCAGGUUUCGUAGCUACCAAUCAACUCCCCAUCGUCUUUCUCCUUGCUGGCAAGGUGAACUGGAUCGGGUAUCUGGUAGGAAAAGGCUAUGAGAAAUUGAACUUCUUACAUCGAUUCGUCGGAAGAUGUAUCGUCAUCGCUGCCACUUUCCAUGCUGGUGGAUACCUGGUCAAAUGGAUGAAGAAAGGUGGCAUCGCCUAUGUAUCCGAAGCUUCCCAAAAAUCAUUCAUAACCGCCGGUAUAGUCGCCUGGGCCGCAUUCGCCUUUAUAGGUGUAACUUCCAUCCCAAUCAUUCGAAGGAGGAUGUACGCCUUGUUUUGGGCUUCACAUUGGAUAGGUUUCGUCACUGCUAUAAUAGCUUUGAGUUUCCAUGAACCUUAUACAGGUUUAUUUGCCACGAUCUGUUUAUUACUCUACACUCAAGAUUUGAUCCUUCGAUUAAUCUUGAAAACUCGUAUCGUCCCUGCCCGGAUCGUUGCUCUACCUGCACCAUCAAGCGACUUAUCCUCUGGAUCCACACAGAUCGUCCUACCUCUUCGAUCAGGUUGGAGAGCAGGUCAACAUGUGUUUAUCCGAAUACCCGCUUUGAGGGAAGUCGGCGGUCUGGCAUGGCUUGAGAAUCAUCCUUUUACGAUUGGUUCGGGUGAAGGUGGUGAAUUGGUUUUGAUUGUUAAAAAGGCCGGUGAUUGGACCAGAAAUCUAUACGAUUUUGCUCUAAGAGGUGGGAUUGCUCAACCGGCUUACCAGCGAAGACAAGAACAGAAGGAGGAAGAUCAAGAUGGGAUGAAUGAAAUUGAUUUUUCGCAAGAGGAUAAAAGAGAUUUGGCCUUGGAUAUGGGUAUGGUCGAAAGGGUUGAACAAGUUUUGGGAAGAGGUUGUAAAGUCCUGGUCGAAGGUCCUUAUGGAGGACCAUGCUCGACUGUCUUCGCGAGUUUUUCAGGGAUAAUGUUAAUUGCUGGAGGGAGUGGUAUUACCUAUUCUCUAGGGAUGUUCGAGGAUGUCAUUAGGAAAGCUGAAGAAGGACAUCUGAGAGCGAGUACCGUCCAUUUCGUAUGGGCAGUGAAGACUUAUGAGGACGCGCUUUCACUUUUAAGUCAUUUGGAAGAUCUCAAUUCCCGAGCACGAAAUACGACAUUCAAACCUCUUAUCACCGUAUACCUCUCGCGAUCGUUCCGUGGAGAAACCUUCACUCAAGGUAGUAUACGGAUCGUCACUGAACGACCGGACUUACCGACCAUCGUUAGAGAAGGGGUCAGUAAGACUAGGAUGGAUAGUUUGAGUUAUGCCAACUCCCCUGGAGCGAGUAAUCGUGGAUUGAUCGUGGGCAUUUGUGGGCCUAGACGGCUUAUUGAUGGGACUAAUCUGGCUGUCAGGAGUGUCUCGUGGAAAGAGAAGAAGGAUAUUGGAGGGAUCACAGUUCAUAACGAGACUUUUGGUUGGUGA